AUGACCGAUAACCAUGUUCCCGGCCAAAGCCAUGAUGCCCCAACAUGGUCUGGAGAGUCAGACCAGGACGACUACCUCGCGCACGGUUCCUUUGCCGAACCCGACCACAUUGAGGAGCAGGCAAGCGGGUCCUCUGCAGAACACGACGCUUUCCAGGAUGGCAUGCUGCCGCGAGACGUCCCAAAGCGCACGACCUUUUACGAUCCCGUCGCUGAGCGCCAGAUGACCCAGACGGACGCCAAGCUCUUCUACCAGCGCAGCAAGAUCGACGGCCGCGGGGGCAGUGCCGGCGGCGCACCACUGCCUCAGUCGACCCCGUACGGAAGUCCUGUCAUGGUCUCCGGAUCUCGUCCUGCCACCGAAUUCGGAGCCGACUCUCUCAUUCUCGACCAUGUCGACGGCAAGCCCGACAGCGCCGAGCCAUCUUCGAGGGCACACGAGCCACAUGGACCGCUGGCCAUGGGCCAGACCGCCACGAUCAGCGCACGCGGCAGCCAGACCGGCAUUUUUGAUGCUAGACUUGCGGUUGAAUCUACCGCUGGGCUUCCCAACAGCAGCCUCUUCGACACAGAGCCCCAGAUCACGGCCGAGCUCAGCGCCAUAUCCAAGAACAUUCAAAAGGUACUGGAUGUCAGACGCAAGUAUAUGGCUCUCUCGUUGCAGCGCCCAGAAGACAACCCUCGCGACACCCCCGAAUGGACUAUAUAUCCUCCUCCGCCAGAGCCGGCGUGGACCCAGAAUAACUCCGGCCCCACGGCGGCUCCAGAAAAGUCGCAAGACUUCCACUGUGCCGAACGUCAGGCCAACCAUGAUGCAAACCAGCACCCUCCGGUCAGCCCUGGGGCCAAACGGCCGACGCGCAAGCGUAAGCCUGGCCAGGAUGUGGGCGAGGACUUCAACAUGGAGGACGUCCUGCCCUUGCCCGUCGAGGACGACGUGACCUUUAGGCUCGACGACAGUGGCGUAUAUCAGGUUUUUGAGAACGAAUCUGCGGAUACACCAGCCGUUCAGGUGCCAACCAUUCGAGAAUUUUACAUGGAUCUAGACAGCAUCCUCACGAUAUCAUCCGAUGGUCCUAGCAAGAGUUUUGCAUUUCGGCGCCUGCAGUAUCUGGAAGCCAAGUUCAAUCUCUACAUGCUGCUCAACGAGUAUCAGGAGACUGCAGACAGCAAGAAGGUGCCGCAUCGAGACUUCUACAAUGUCCGCAAAGUAGACACGCAUGUUCACCACUCAGCUUGCAUGAACCAAAAGCACCUUUUGCGCUUCAUCAAAAGCAAGAUGAAGAAGCAUUCCAACGAAGUCGUCUUGUUCCGUGACGGCAAGCACCUGACCUUGGCCGAGGUGUUUGCCAGCAUUAACCUGACGGCUUACGACCUGAGCAUCGACACACUUGAUAUGCAUGCGCACACGGACUCGUUCCACCGGUUCGACAAGUUCAAUCUCAAGUAUAAUCCUAUUGGCGAGUCUCGCUUGAGGACGAUAUUCCUUAAAACGGACAACUUUAUCCACGGGCGGUACCUGGCUGAAAUCACCAAGGAAGUCAUCUCCGACUUGGAAUCGAGCAAGUACCAGAUGGUAGAGUGGCGCAUUUCCGUCUAUGGCAAGUCGAUAGACGAAUGGGACAGUCUCGCUGCCUGGGUCGUGGACAACGGUUUGUUUUCGCACAAUGUGCGCUGGCUCGUCCAGAUUCCUCGACUGUACGACGUUUACAAAGCGAGCGGCUUGAUGGAGACGUUUGAGCAAAUCGUGAGAAACCUAUUUCAGCCGCUGUUUGAGGUGACCAAGGACCCUUCGAGUCAUCCGAAGCUUCAUAUCUUCCUCCAGCGGGUGAUUGGAUUCGACAGCGUCGACGAUGAAAGCAAGAUAGAAAGGAGGCUGUUCAAGAAGUUUCCGGUGCCAAGAGCGUGGGACACGAAGCAGAAUCCACCCUACAGCUACUGGAUCUAUUACCUGUUCUCCAACACGACUUCGCUCAACUACUGGCGCAAGAAGCGUGGCUUCAACACGUUUGUGCUGCGUCCCCAUUGCGGUGAAGCCGGCGACAGCGAGCACUUGGCAGUUGCUGUGCUCAGCUGCCACAGCAUUAGCCACGGGCUCUUGCUCCGAAAGGUGCCUCUUUUGCAGUACGUCUUUUACUUGGAACAAAUUGGAAUUGCCAUGUCGCCGCUGAGCAACAACGCCCUGUUCCUGGCGUACGAGCGCAAUCCUUUCCACCAAUAUUUUCGGAGAGGCCUGAACGUGUCACUGUCGACCGACGACCCGCUGCAGUUUGCCUUUACCAAGGAACCCUUGAUUGAGGAAUAUGCCGUUGCUGCGCAGAUAUACAAGCUCAGCCCCGUGGACAUGUGCGAAUUGGCCAAGAACUCGGUCAAACAAAGCGGCUACGAAGCUUCCAUUAAGAGACAGUGGCUGGGGCCAGAUUUCGAAAAGCCCGGCCAGGAGGGGAAUACAAUGGUCAAGACAAACGUGCCGGACAGAAGGGAAGAAUUUCGAUACCAUACUCUUUUGCAGGAGAGAGACGUUCUCAAACGCUACGUGACAUACGAGGCGAAAAUUGAGUCACUCGGCGAAGGGAUUCUCGUUGAUGGAAAGCCAGCAGAACCCACGAGGUCGGUUCCAACUCUUGGGGAUUCGGUGCUGGCAACUCAAGAGAGGAGCGAAGCCAUGACCAAGGCCAAUUCCGCGGCGGAUGGCAUGCAAGCGAGGGCGACGCGGGAGUCGGAACGAUUGCCGGGCGCUAUGGCCGACUUGCACCUGUCAGGAAGCGAUCCGAGAAUGUUUCCAGGAAUCCUCACCCGAGAUCAUAGGACCGGCAGCUUGCGGAAUCUGGCGCAGGCCGAUGAUUGGCCGGUUGAUUCGAGCGAGGCGCCAGGGGAAGAAGACGACAUGUAG